CGUUUCUCACGACGUGCUUUUUCGUCAAAGGGUACAUUAUCGUUUAUGGAAUUCCAUCGUCGUAAAUUAUUACCUACGUAUGGGUUAAUCGUGGACGAAAACUAGCUAUAUUUUAGACUAAUUCGUCAUAUAAAUUAUCGAAUCGUGUGUGUGUGGUUUUUUUUUCCUCGAAUGUACUAAAUCACAUCGUCGUGUCUUCGAAGAAGUGAACUCGGUGUAUUGUGGAUUUUUUUUCUGUUUCGCAGACUCGUCCAGAUCUUCGAUAUGCCGAUUAUUUUGAACGAACCUUUGAGCUUCCUGCAACGAUUGGUCGAGUACAUGGAGUACGUUGAUUUACUCGAAAAAGCAUCCGAAGAAAGUGAUCCUGUUGGCAGAAUGCAGUAUGUGGCUGCGUUUGCUGUAAGUGCUGUAUCGUGUAACUGGCAAAGAAUAGGUAAACCAUUCAAUCCGUUAUUGGGAGAGACGUACGAAUUGGAGAGGGAUAAUUUCAGAGUGAUUUGCGAACAAGUCAGUCAUCAUCCUCCAAUAUCCGCAUUCCAUGCUGAAAACGAAGUGUUCUCUUUUCACGGAUCUAUUUACCCUAAACCCAAACUCUGGGGCAAGAAUAUCGAAAUCCAACCGGAAGGAAUUGUUACAGCUGAAUUGAAAAAAUGGGACGAAGCUUACACAUGGAGUAACGUCACCUGUAGCGUACAUAACGUAGUCGUGGGUAAAAUAUGGAUCGAGCAAAGCGGUACCAUGGAGAUAACCAAUCAUAAAACAGGUCACAGAGCGGUUUUAAAUUUCAAAUCUUCGGGAUGGUUCAGUAAAGAUAUGAAUAGAGUCGAAGGAUUCGUUUUCGAUCGAAGUAAAAAGAAGAUGAAAUUUUUAUACGGACGUUGGUCGGAUCAUAUGAAAGCUACGGAUAUGUACUCGUUCGAAGAAUUCGUCAAAGAAAAUUGCCACAGAUACAAAAUCGGCGACGGUAAAAACUCCAACGACACCAGUCCCACACCCAACACACCGAAACGAGUAUUAUCCAAAUUCAACAGUUUCAAAAUGGGAUCUUCAAUGUUCAAAUCGAUGUCACAAGCUGAAAGAGACGAUAUCGACGACGAAAAUGGCGAUAUUGACGAAUCUAAAUCCGAUUCACCGUUCGUGAUAGAUAUACCUAAUUCUAUUACUUUAUGGGAGGUAAAUCCGCGUAAAGAAAAGCCACUCAAUGACGGCGAAAACAACGGGUCGUACCAUUUUUCCGAAUUUACCAAAUCGUUGAAUAGAUUGGAUUCCGAUAUGAUUGGACGGAUAUGCCCGACCGAUAGCAGAUUUCGACCAGAUCUUCGCAAACUAGAAACGAACGAUAUCGAAGGAGCAGCUUCGGAAAAAAAUCGUCUAGAAGAGAAACAACGCGACGUACGAAGCCUACGUAAACGUAAGAAAAUCCCAGACUGGAAUCCUCGAUGGUUCUAUCUAAAAACCAACCCGUAUACGAACCAAGAAGAUUGGUAUUACAAUGGCAAAUACUGGGAUCGUAAUUUCCACUCGGAUCCGGAUAUAUUUUAAUCGAAUUUAUUUCAUAGCGUACCUUUUACGUACUAUUACAUUAGCAAAUUGGAAGUUACCUAUCUAAUUGUUAAUUACGUAGAAAAAAAAACGAGUGACCCCUCCCUCUGCGACCCUUAAACGUCUGAUAUGGACGAGAGAGUGAGUGAGAGAGACGAAAUAAUACCAAUACGUAAUUUACAUAUGAUUUUUUUUGUAUGUAUUAGAAAUCGUGAGGAGUUAUUUUUUUUAAAAAACUCGUAGAUUCUUCAGCAAGAUGGCUUUUUUUAUUUAGACGUGUAGGAAUAAAGGAUUAGGUCGCAACGAAUCGAGUUAUCGUUAAGUAUUAUGUUCCUGUAUUUAGAGGACAUUACUUUAUUACUUUUUUUUUUUUUUUUUUUUUUUUUGUUGAAAAAAGAAGCUCGCUUAUUAGUACAAUUUUUUUCGUACAUACGUUUCUCGUUCGUUCGUGUGUGAUUCUUUUUCUUCUCGUUUUAUUAGUGAAAUCGAGUCGGGUAUUUUUUUUUGUUUUGUUUUUACCUACCUACCCUACCUACCUACCUAUAUUGAUGGUGUUGAAAUUGUGUGUGUGUGCGUGUGCGAUCGCAACAAUCGUCGAGUGGAAAUGUUACCGAAUCAAUAAUUACUACGAUGAAUUUUCAAUACAUAUUUUUUUAUUAGCUAAUCUUUUUAUAGUUUUUAGCUCGUGUUAUGUUCGUAUACUCGUAUGUAUGUACUUAAACGACGAGUGUUUUUUUUUAUCGUUUUCCCCCUUCUGUUUUGUAUUCUGCGGGCAAAUAAUCGAAUCGAUGAACAAUCAAAGAGUAUCUAAGGUCUCCUAAUAUUAUACAUUUUGUAAAUAUUGGUCAUUUUCAUCUCAUCCCUUCAAUGUUUUUACCUCCCGCCUUGAUAAUGAUAAAUAGCCUAAGCCUUAUGAAUACUGAUUUAUUUUUCGCUGCAGGUUUGUUUUGUAAGUACGAAGUUUAGAUUUUGUGAGAUUUUUUUAAAUUUCUAGUCGAGUGUAGACACUGGAUAGUAUUUUUUUGCCCCCAGAAAUUUAGUUUAUAUUGUACCUGUUUUAGGUACGAGUGCCUUUUGUAUUUUUGUACAUUAAUUAUGGUGUUUUUAUUUGCUUUGUGUUACGUACCAAACUGAAACGAUUCCGUUAUAUUAAUAAUUACCUUACUCAGCCACUUUGGACGUAUUUUCCAAACCAUAUUGUUUCUUUUUGUGGUCAGCAGUCUGCCAGUGAGUGAUGAAUUCGUAAUUACCAAUUAUCUGGACUCGUUUUACUUCUCCCCACCUAUUUUCAAAUGAAAUUGAUAUGCUAUCCUUGUAAGGAGGUACCUUUGACCUACAUUGAACAUUUUGUCUAAUUAGAGUUGUAUUUGGAAUACAUCAACAGCUAAAAUUUUAGGUGCUAAAUUGGAAUUUUCGAUUUUUGGUGAAUUUUUAAGAAUCAAAAUUUAAGCCAAAAAUGAGAAAAAAAUCAAAAUUUUACCAAAUUGGUCUAGGAAGCUGAAACUUGGCAUGUAUCCUAUUUUUACCCUCUAGAAUUGAUUGGUAACGAUUUCGAACCGUUUUGAGAAAUUCUGGAGCCUCCAGCAGAUUUUUGAAAGUUGAAGUUUCCUCAAAAUUUCACCCAAUGAAGUUGGAAAGCUGAAAUUCAUGACAUCUAGCUUCUCAUUCAAGCAUUCUGAAAAGAUUGGAAUCGGUUUGAAAUCGUUCUGGAGCCUCUUGCCAUAUUUUGGAAAUUCCAGAUCUUGAAAAAAAAUGCCAUAAAACCGCCUGGAGACUUCUAAAUCGACUCAGCUUGUUUAAAUUAUGGCUUAAAGUGAAUAUUAGCUUUUCUACUCUAUUGGGUAAAAUUUUGUGGAAAUUUCAACUUUCGAAAAUCUGCUGGAAGCUCCAGAACUACAUACUCAAAAGAGCAAUCAAAUUAUUUUUAGAUCAAAAGUGGAAAAAAAUCAGAAUUUUACAUACAGUAAUUUAGAAAGCUGAAAUUUGACCCUCCAAAAUCGAUUGGUUACGACUUCGAACCGUUUUUUGAACAAUUCUGGAGCCUCCAGUAGAUUUUUGAAAGUUGAAGUUUCCUCAAAAUUUCACCCAAUUGGAAAGCUGAAAUUCAUGACAUCUCCUCAUUCAAGCAUUCUGAAAAGAUUGGAGUCGGUUUCAAAUUGUUCUGGAGCCUCCUGUUGUAUUUUGGAAAUUCCAGAUCUUAAAAAAAAAAAUGCCAUAAAACCGCCUGGAGACUUCCAAUCGACUCAGCUUGUUGAAAUUAUGGCUUAAAGUGAAUUUUAGUUUUUCUACUUUAUUGGGUAAAAUUUUGUGGAAAUUUCAACAUUUUUGAAAAUGUGCUGGAGGCUCCAGAACAACUCUACAGGGUUCGAAACCGAUUCCAAUCGACUCAGGGGGUCGAAAACAGGGUACGUAGCAAAUUUCAUUUUUCUAUGUCAACUUGGUAAAAUUUUCUUUUUUUUUCCUGAAAAGUUAUUAUGAAAGGUUCAGAAUUCAAUUUCGAGGGGCGAGGGGUUCGCUUCUGAUUCGAAUCAGACUGUGAUUUUUGGAAAGAGCAUGGUCUGAAAUCUCCAUAACCAAAAUUUCAGUCACCUCGAGGGAUUUUUUGAUUUUUGGUGAAUUUUUAAAAAUUCAGUUGACAAUUGUCCAAAAUUUUAUGUUUUUUUUCUUUUUUUUUUUUUAAUGUACCUACCUACUUUUUUUAAAAGUAAAUUUGAUGAUAAUUAGUCCUGAAGCUGAUAUCGACUGCUUCAAAACCGAAUCACUUGAUUUCUAGCCCUUCUGGAGUCUCCAGCUCGAUUUUUGGUUUUUCCAGAAUUUUUGAUUUUCUCCAGAAGGCGUGGAAUUGACUAAUUUGGCAGCUAAAAAACUACUAGUUAUGGCUUAUUCUCGACCUGUGUAACGAGUUCAUCUGCAAUUCAGAUGAUUUUAGGGUUCCUAGCGAAGUUACUAUGGUUACUUUUUCAAAGUUUCGGUUACUAAAGUUACUUUUUUUUUCAAAUUUUUAAAAAUUCGAUUUUUUUAUACGAAGCUGUGCCUUUUUCUAAAAUUGUCAAUGUCCAGUUUUCUACCAAAAAUUUCAAAACAUCGCACAUUUUGUCAAAAUUGCCAAAUAAUUUAAUUUUUUGCUAAAAAUUGUUGCUUUUUAGCAAAAAGUUCCAAAAUGUAUCAAUUUUCUUCGAGAAAUUUCCCAAAAGUCUCGCUUUUUGACAAAAAAUGCCCUCAAUUUCUAAAAAUUGCGAAUCAAGUUUCGUUUUUCCGACAAAAUUGCAAGAAAGUGCCAUUUUCUGGUCAAUAAUUGUCAAAAAUCGUCAAAAAUUAUCGUUCGGUAGUAAAAUUGCUAACAAUUUGUUAUUUUUUCGAAAAAAAUCCAAAAGUUCUUGCAAUUUUUCAGAAAUUGCCUAAAAGUCUUACUUUUUGCAAAAAAAAAAAUACCAAAAACUUUAUUUUUCACCAAAAUUGCAAAAAAUGAUCGUUUUUUUGAAAAAGAUUUCAAAGUUUGCUGUUUUUUAAAAAUAGUCCAAAAGUCUUGCUUUUUAGUAAAAACUUGCCUUCUAAAAAUUUGUAUUUUUUUUUUGUAGGUAACUGAAAAGUUUUCCGUUUUUACCUGAAAUUGCCAAAAAAAAUACCAAAAAGUCUUGUCUUUUUUAACCUAAGAACUGCAAAAAAGUCACACUUUCAGAAAAAAAUGGCUAGGAAAUAUAAUUUCUUUCUCAAAAAUUCCCAAAAGUUGUUGCUUCUGGUUGAAUAACUUGUCAAAUUAUUGCUUUUUGACAUAAAUUCUUUCUUUUUUUUUUUUGCAAAAUUGCUAAAAGUAUCAAUUUUUACAGAAAUUACCUACAAAAAGAAUAAUUUUUGAGUCAAUAAUUCCCAAGAAGUUCCGAAUUUUGCUAAAAUAGCCAACGGCUUGUUUUUAUUGUAAAAAAAAUUCUCAAUUUCUAACAAAAUUUCCAAAAAUUGUAGUUUUUUUGCAAAAAUUUCCAAAACAUUACGUUUUUUCGAAAAUUGUCUAGAAGUCUCACUUUUUUGCCAGAAAUUGCUAAAAAGUAUCAUUUUUUCCCAAUUGUUCCCAAAAAGUCCUGAUUUUUGCUAAAAUUACCAAUGGCUUGCUUUUUUGUCAAAAAUCGUCAAAAAUUCUCGUUUUUCAACAAAAUUGCCAAAAAUUGUAUUUUUUUUCUGCGAAAAAUUCCAUAACAUCUUACAUUUUUCCAAAAGUAGCCCAGAAGUCUCACUUUUUUGCCACAAAUUGCCAAAAAAACCUUCCUUUUGUAAAAAUUGUCAAAUUCUCACGUUUCGUAAUUUUUUUUGAUCAGAAAUUGAAAAAUUUUCUAAUUUGUUACCAAAAAAUGGCCAAAAAUAGUUGAACUUUUUAAAAUUUUAAAAACCAGUACACUUUUAAUAAAUUUGUAUUGUCCAAAAAGUCUCACUUUUUUGUCAGAAAUUGCCAAAAAGUCCAUUGCUUUUGUAAAUAUUGUCAAAGUCUCACGUUUCGUUAUUUUUUUUUUUUUUUUUUUUUUUGGUCAUAAAUUGCAAAAUUUUAUACUUUGUUCCCAAAAAAAGUCUCAACUUUGUAUCAAAAGGUUUCAAAACACCUAGUUCAACUUUUUGAAAUGAUGUUCUGUUUUUUUUUUUUUUUUUUUGGUCACGUUUUAUCAUUUUUUUGGGUUACUUUUGCUCUUUGGAAUUGCCCAAAAUGUGGAUUAACUUGUUAAACACGUUAAAAGCAUCGAGCAAAACUCGAUUUUUAGCUGUUCAAAUUAAUUUUGACACCUUCUAGAAAAUGGAGAAAUUGAAAGUCGUGCUGGAGGCUUCAAAAUGGUAAAAAUGUUGAAAUUCUUGCAAUUUUUGUGAAUUUUGGAAAUUUCUCCCAAAUGAAAAAAAAACACACUGAAGGUGUUCACAUUUGUAAUUUGGAAAAUUAUACAUUGCUGUGCUGACAUCAUCCAUUUCUGCCUUCUUGAUCUAGGUCAUUGAAAAUUAAUUCCAAAAUUAAGUAUUUUUCUUUGUACAAUUAUGAAAUUCGAUCCCAUUCCUAUUCCUCUCCUUUCAACCGUACAACUGAAUCUGUUUUUUUAUAGGUAUGCACUUUUUUUUUUUUUGUACAAAUGUGAAUGAGAAUUUAUCAACGUAGGUAAAAUAUAUGUAAGAUGAAACUAACGCGAGAGUAGUCUUCCCUCUUAAAUUCACCGGAGUCUUGACAAUAUAUAAGUAACGUAUUCGGACCAAAACACCAAUAAGAUGCUUUUUUCGUUUAUAUACCUAAAAAUACACUCGUAGAGUUGUGAGUCGUGUGCUGAACGCCUUUUUUAUUUCAUCUCCUUGUAUGUAAAUAUACCUACCAUUUUCAUUUUUGAAUUGAAAAAAAAAAAAAAAAAAAAAAAAAAAAAAUACGAAGGAAAAAGUCUUUAAUAAAAUAUGCCAUUGCUAUAAGCUUACUCGUAAACAGCAGAAUAGGUACUAGGUACUGUACUUACCACUUUUAAAUUAGAAAAAGUGAUGUUUCAAUUUGAAUUUCGAUCUCUUUAUGACUUCUUGACAUUGUUCCACAACGUUUAGGGACGAUUAUUUUACUUGUUGAUAUUCCCCUUUCGGCUGUCAAUUGAUUUUUCUGUAUCUAUGGUUUAAGCUUUAUAUAAUCUACUCGUACAUAAAUGUGUACCAUAAUAAGAGUGUAUUAUUUACCUAUUAGGUACCUGUUUGUAUAUUUGUUUCCUCAACCCAGUCUACCAAUUAAAAUAGACUCCUUGUUAUUACAUUAUACCAUACUUACUACAUUAAGUACAAUGUAAGAAUGACUUCGAUAUUUUGCUGUUCUGAAACUUACGUACCUAAUUAUGGAACUUGUAUGUCUUAUACUUAGGUAUUUGUUUCAAUUCUUCGAUCGUCGUUUCUUCUUCGUCAGAUCUUGUUUUAUGGAAUAUUUUUAAACGACGAUGUUAUAUGUACUAUGUAGAUUGUACGUAGUUACGUAAUUUUUUUGGGGAUUUUUUUAAUAAUCCGUCCUUUAAAAAUAUGCUUUUGAAAUGGCCAGUUCCUAUAUGAGAAUCUUUUUAAUAAAUAAGGCUUUGAAAAAUUCAA